AUGUCGACAGUGUACAAUGCGGCGCUCCAGCGCGGUGCUACGAAGAAACGUGCAGCAGACGAUGGCGAGGACCGCCCUUUAGUGCAGCGGAAUAAACAACGUGUGCUUGUGCUGCCAUCGCGCGGUGUCACCACGAGGAUGCGGCAUCUCGUGAACGAUGUAGAGGUCCUGCUUCCCCAUGCCAAGAAAGAUUCCAAGGUGGACUCCAAGUCAGAUAUGUCGAUGCUGAAUGAGCUUGCGGAACUAAACAACUGCAAUAACUGCAUGUACUUUGAGGCGCGGCGCCACGAAGACCUGUACUUGUGGCUCUCCAAGACCCCCAACGGCCCUUCUGCCAAGAUGCAAGUGCAGAAUAUUCAUACGAUGGACGAGCUGAAAAUGACAGGCAAUUGUCUCAAAGGCUCGCGGCAUAUUCUCAGCUUCGAUGCGGGCUUUGACGCAGCGCCGCACUGGCGCGUGAUGAAGGAGCUCUUGACGCAGAUGUUUGCAGUGCCGCGCACGGCACGCCGUGCAAAGCCGUUCAUCGAUCAUAUCCUCACGUUCAGCAUUCUGGACAACAAGGUCUGGUUCCGCAACUACCAGAUCCUGGAAAAAGAUCCCGGCGCCACGGCCGCGAGUGUGGCCAAAGGCGAGGGGAAGACGUAUGGAAAAGGUAGUCAGGAGCCUACCCUCGUUGAGAUCGGACCGCGCAUGGUCCUCACGCCGAUCCGUAUCUUUGAAGGCAGCUUCGGCGGCCCGACUCUAUUUGAUAACCCCGAGUAUAUCUCGCCGACCGCUCUGCGCCAAGCCAUGCGCCGCAAGAAGGGUCAAGAGUACACGAACCGCGUCGAGCAAUCCGAAAACUUACGGGUCAAGCGCGACAAAUACAAAGGCCGGGAGGGCGAGCUCAGUCGUUCCAAGGUAUUUUCGUAG